AUGACCAACUGUGGACCAGCCUGCACCGUCCGCUCCUGCGCUUCCAGCCCUGUCGUUGGCUUUGGAUCAGCAGGCAGCUACAGCCUUGGCAAUGGCGGUCUCGGCUACGGCUACGGAGGUCUCGGCUACAGAGGUCUCGGCUAUGGCUACGGUGCCGGCGACUUGGCUGAAACAUCUGGCACCCUGGGCACCCUGGGCAGAGUCUUCCCUUCCUGCAGCAACCAGAUCCCCCCAGCAGAGUUGGUGUUCAAGCCAGCCCCCAUUGUCGUGACCAUCCCAGGACCCAUCCUGUCCCCUAGCUGCGAGCCCGUCACCGUGGGAGGAAACACCCCCUGCACUAUUAAUGGUUCCGGGAUCGUAGCCAGCAGAGUGGCAGGUUUCGGCUCUGCAUUGAAUGGCUUAGGCUAUGGCCUUGGUGGUAUUGGCUAUGGAUAUGGCCUUGGUGGUCUUGGCUCUGGCUCUGGCCUUGGUGGCCUUGGCUACGGAGGUCUGGGCUCUGGCUAUGGAGCCGUCCAAACUUCUGGCAACCUGGGAACCAUGGCCGGAGUCAUCCCUUCCCCCUUCAUCCAGCUCAACCCAGCAGAGGUCGUGUUCCAGCAACCCCCCUUCUUGGUGACCAACCCAGGACCCAUCCUGUCCGCUAGCUGCGAACCCGUCUCCGUGGGAGGCAUCACUCCCUGCGCCAUUGGUGGUUCCGGGAUUGUAGGAUCUGGUCUCUAUGGGGGUCUGGGUUAUGGUUAUGGAGCCCUUGGAAGGAGGAGUGGAUAUUUUGGAAAGAGGUCUCUCCUGGGGCGCCGUGGAAGCGUCUGUGGGAAUGUGUGCAAAUAAACCUAUUAAAGCCAAUAGGAAUUUCCACAUGACCAUAGAAACGACCAGGAAUGGGCAGCCAUGACCUAGAACUGUAACUGACGUCACCCACCUAGAUUCAGCCAUGAUAAGAGUCUGCUCUCCCAUCCAGCGUCAACAGUAGU